GUAGUCACUGCUUUAUUAAACACUUACUAUAUGCUCAUUUCCCCCAUCAAAGCAAAGCAAAGCAAAGCAAAUCAUCCGUUUGUGCCUUCCUAUCCACGCAAUGAACAACCCCAAGCGCAAAGGCUAUGGCUUCAAGCCCUCCGAGCAAAUCCUCAUGGGCUAUCUCCGAGACCGAACACUGUUCGGCCGUGAUUACUUGGUCCAAGACAUCAUCGACCUCGGUCACGAUAUUUGCAACUAUGAUCCAUGGGAUCUACCUAGUUGCAAUUCUAUCACACCGAAUGAUCCGGAAAGGUUUUUUAUUUACCCGAAAACGUAUAAGUAUGCAAACAGUAAGUCCAAGGUGAUCGGUACGCCUACCGGACAAGUACCGAAAGGUGAACAACGGCAGCUGAUGAUAAAUCGAGCUACCAAGAACGGAAAGUGGAAAGUCUCGGGGGAUCGAGUUAAUGUAAAGUCUAGUGAUGAUACUGAACAAGUGAUUGGUAUUAAGACAAGGUUGUAUUUCAUGCACAAUAGCUGCCCAAACAAAACAACAUGGGCGUUAUAUCAGUUCGAACUGGUUGAUAUUGAUCCUUGCCAAGAUAAAUAUUUUCUUGGUAAAGUGAUAAUGAAAAAGCCAACCAAUAUUUCAAGUAACAAUAUAGACGAUCGGAUCUCAAUUCCGCAGGUUCGAGUAGAACUUGGUCCGGAGCCAUCAGUUGAAACCCAAGUAACUAAUGAGUACGAGUGGACUCAAAGUGAACAAACUAAUGAAUUUAUAACAUCCUAUCCAGUUUUCGACAAUGAGAACUUUAUUGAUGACGGGAAUGAAGUGAUCUCCUAUCACCAGUCACAAGUUCGAGUAGAACUCGGUUCAGAGCCAUUAGUUGAAACUGAAGUAGCUAAUGAGUACGGAUGGACUCAAAGUGAACAAACUAAUGAAUUUAUAACUCCCCGUCCGGUUUUCGACAUUGAUGAUGGGAAUGAAGUGAUCUCCAAUCACCAGUCACAAAUAAAUAUGGAGCUAAUUAGAAGCUUGGAAGUACCUAAUAUAGGUAUUGAGGAUCAAAACCAAUCAUACAAGAAUAUUGGGAUCGAUAAUGAUCGAACAGUCCCCGAUGGAAGCAAUCAACAUAAUAUAGUUGCAGCUGCAGAGAACGAAAGCUCAAUCUUGCCUUCUAAUUUACAGGACCAUCUAAUAGAUUUUAUAAAUCAAAUGGAAUGGUCCGACUUAUACAACUUAUGCCGCCGUAAAGAUGACGGGCUUUUUCUCGACGAGUUGUUUGACGAGCCGCAAGAACUCGGACCACAAAAUCAAUGUGGUAUUAACCAGCAAGUUGCCGCUGGUGCUGAAAUAGAGUGCACCAAUUUGCCCCCUUUGGAUGUGGCUGAAUCUUCCUACUCGACGGAUUCAGUCCGUAAAAGAUUGGCCAUGGAGGUUGAAGGAUCGGGCACCGGUGUAGAAACUGAAUUGGCUCAACAACAAGCAAAGAGAAGUAGAUCAUAAAGUCUGUGUUGCUUAUCUCCCGUAUUUGAUUAGUGCUUAUAAGUCGUAAUGUUAGACCCAUCCUCUUAUAAGUUAGUUUUCGAGGUUGGGUUUAUGUUUAUUUGACUUGGGUUUACGUUGCUUGAAUUACAAGUUAGGUUUUGAGGUCGUGUGUUUCGAUAUGUUUCGACUAUAUAUAUGGACAUCUAUAAUAGCAAAGUGUGGCUUGCUUGA